CCUCGUUUGCCAACUCGCAGGAAGGGAAUAUACGGAAAAAUGCUUCCUUCCUCGAAUGCCGUUUUCCAUUUUUCUUUCUUCCUCUCUGAAUUUCUCUGACUAUAAACAAAUAAUUUAUGGUUAUUUAUUCACAGGAUCAGAGAAAGAUUUCUUGAGUCCCAAGUUGGUCUGUCUGACUCCCUCCACUAGCUUACUUCCGCCACCUUUUCUGAUCCACCUAUAUAUAUAUAAACAAACAUUGUUGCUAUUCUUGUUUUAAGUUUUUCAACUCGCCAAUAUUUCGGGUUUUAUAUUUCCAGAGAUCUUGGAAAUAAGCAUUACUAAUUAAAGCUUCAACCCACAAAAACAGAGAAGAUCGUUUCUCCUACACAAACAGUUGAACUUUUUGGAUGAGUUCGUGUAGAAUCUUAUCAAGUUCUUUGCCUCAGCAAGACUGCUCUGUGCAUGGAUCUCUGCCUUUGUGAUUUGUAGUUUUGAUCUUCUACCUAUUUGUUAAUUAUUCAAUAGGUUAAUUUUUCAAGUUAAGGCAUCAAGGUUUGUUCUGAGAACUGGUUUUCUCAAUAUGGCACUGGCAAGAAUUGGAAGAACAGGCUUGAGGAGGUCGGUAAGUGCCAUUGGAAGUCAGUCAAGCGGGAAGGACAUUUUCUGUGAGGGAGUAUUUGGAUACAAAUAUUUUUUACCAUCCCUUGAAAAUGCCAAAGCAAACAGCCAUCUCUCUUAUCUUUCAAGCAUUGGCAAGCUAAAUCACAUGAGUUUUUGGAGCAGGGGACUAAGGGGAUCUCCAUAUUAUCAAUUUCCAUUGGCAGAAAGGGUUUUGGAGGAACACGAAUCUGAAUACGAAGAGCAAAGGUAUCCAGGACUAGAAGCCACCAAACCAGGUGAAAAGCCUAGGGUGGUAGUCCUUGGAACUGGAUGGGCUGCUUGUCGAUUUCUUAAGGGGCUUGACACAAAAACAUAUGAUGCUGUUUGCAUAGCACCAAGGAAUCACAUGGUUUUUACUCCUUUGCUAGCUUCAACUUGUGUUGGAACCUUGGAGUUCCGUUCAGUAGCUGAGCCUGUUAAUCGGAUACAGACUGCAUUGGCAACUAAUCCCAAUUCUCACUUCUACUUAGCUUCCUGCAUUGGCCUUGACACAAAGAAGCAUGAAGUAUACUGUCAGACCAUCAGCAAUGGUGGAUUGCCUCAUGAACCAUACCAAUUCAAAGUGGCAUAUGACAAGCUCGUCAUAGCUGUUGGCGCUGAGCCUUUAACAUUUGGUAUCAAAGGAGUAAAAGAACAUGCCUUUUUCCUCCGGGAAGUGAAUCAUGCACAAGAAAUUAGAAAGAAGCUUCUUUUCAACCUCAUGCUCUCUGAAAACCCAGGCAUAUCAGAAGAAGAAAGGAAACGCCUUUUACACUGUGUUGUCAUUGGAGGAGGUCCAACAGGCGUGGAGUUUAGUGGUGAAUUGAGUGAUUUUAUCAUGAGAGACGUCCGGGAGAGGUAUCCUCACGUUAGAGACUACAUCAAAGUGACAGUCAUAGAGGCUAAUGAGAUUUUAUCAUCCUUCGAUGUGGGGCUACGACAAUAUGCUACAAAACACUUGACAAAAUGCGGUGUUCGCCUUAUGAGAGGAGUUGUGAAAGAGGUGCAUGACAGAAGAAUUGUUCUGAGUGAUGGAAGUGAUGUUCCUUAUGGCCUGUUGGUAUGGUCUACAGGUGUUGGACCCUCUGAGUUUGUGAAAUCACUGGAUCUUCCAAAGUCCCCGGGUGGAAGGAUUGGUGUUGAUAAAUGGUUACGGGUUCCUUCUGUGGAGGAUGUGUUUGCACUUGGAGAUUGUGCUGGUUUUCUUGAAGAGACAGGACGACCAGUGCUUCCAGCUUUAGCUCAGGUUGCAGAAAGGGAAGGAAAGUUUCUAGUGGAGUUGUUUAACAAGAUUGGAAAGCAGAAUGGGGGGAAGGCUUUGAGUGCAAAAGACAUCCCUUUAGGUGGCCCUUUUGUGUACAAGCAUCUGGGUAGCAUGGCCUCAGUAGGUCGUUACAAGGCAUUGGUAGACCUUCGCCAGUCCAAGGAUGCUAAGGGGGUGUCACUUGCUGGGUUUAUAAGUUGGCUGAUUUGGCGAUCGGCUUAUCUGACGCGUGUAGUGAGCUGGCGGAACAGGUUCUACGUGGCUGUGAACUGGGCUACCACGCUGGUUUUCGGUAGAGACAAUUCCAGGAUCGGUUAAAGCAGACAGCUUUACUUUAGAUGUAUUGCUCUGUAGAUUUUGCUCCACGUUCAUUUCAGGCUGUAAACAGAUGUAGCUUAUUUACUGGUUGUAGGUUUCCAAGUUUCAAACUUUGGGGAUAUGGUGGAUAACCCAUAUCAUAUUAAAUGUAUUCUUAGGAUACCCAUUUACAAAUCCAUGGAUUUAUGCGUCUUGAAUUUGA